AUGACCACCCCAGAAAAGGACUGUCACCCCCAUCUCCUCCCACAAGGCUACGGGGCCCUAACCUUCCCAACCUUGAAGUGGUGUCGUGACAGACAGACACCUCCCGGCUCCGCGGCCCCGGCGGGGGGAACUUCGCACGGGAGCACCGGCAGCGGGUUUGGAGGCCCGGGGCCCCGGGCGGGGUUGGCGCCGGCAGCGGAACCUCCGGGAUUUGCUCAGACUCCCGACAGCAGAAGCGCCGGGAGCUCCAAGCAGCUGCCACGACAGGUGACCGGGCUCGCUCGCGGGGCUCCGCCGGUGGGGCGGGCGGGAGGCGCGACCGAGGACGCCAAGGUGGGCAGCGCGGGGAGGGCCGGUGGGGAGGACGGGGGGGGGCGGAGCUCCGGCCCCCGGGAGAAACCGUUUGGAGGGAUUUUUUUUUCUGUCUCCACGAUUAAGAGGGGGGGAAAAAUGGCUCCACGCCAAACGCCUCCUGAUUUGUACACCCGCGCGCGCGCGCGCGCGGCGCCCCAUCGCCCCAUCUUCCCACACGCAGAAACAAAAGGCGACACCGCCGAGCGGCCGCCGCGGCCGCGGGAGCUCGGGGUCAGACGCCCGGUGGGCGCCGCGCCCUCGUCAGGAGCCCAGCGGCGGCCCACCCAGCCCAGCCUGCCGGCCGCCGCGCCCCGGCCUCGGCCGCCGCGCCCCGCCGCCGCCCCCCCCCCCGCCGCCGCCGCGCCCACCACGCCCGCGGGCGCCCGCACCGGACCCGCCGACAGCGACGCGCGCCCCGCCGGCCCCGAAGGCGCCCCGGCCCGCACCCCGCCGGUCCCUCCCUCCCCCCUCCCGCCACACGGCGCCGACCCCGGCCCGCCGCGGCCCGUGACAGCGGCCCCCGCGCCGCCUCACCUACCGGGCGGCCGUGGCGGCGGCCCCCGCGGCUCUCCGCGCCUCUCCGCCUCCAGCACCCGCCGGCCCGCCCGGCCGCCCGGCCCGCUCCGUGGUGACGGCCGCUGCGCCGACCGCGCGGGCCGGCAACGGGCUUUCCGGCGUCCCUGGCCUCGGCGGCUCGGCGCCGCGCUGUCCUCGCGCGCCGCGGACACGCGAGCCGAUGGCCGGAGUCGUCCCGGGGGACCACGGCCUCACACCGGCCGCACCACGAGGAAAGCGCUAGCUCGAGUCACCUCUAGAAGCUGGCCCGCGGGAGGAGCCUCGAGCCCCCGAGGCCGCCCGGAAGGGGGCGUCCCGCCGUGCCUGCGCGGCCGGGCUCGGCCGCCCUGGGCCCGGGCCCGGGCCGUCGAGGCUGGGGGCGGGCGGGCUGGGCAGGGGGGCCCGGAGCGGCGCCGUCCUGCGCCCAGGGAGAGGGCUGCGGAGCGGCGGCUGCGGCCACGCCGGCAGAAGACGCUGUUUUUCUCUGCUGGGCUGAGAACGGGACUUCAGUCCUCUCUCCUUCGUGUGCACCAUGGCAGAAAUAGCGCCGCUGGUGCGGGAGCUCGGCACGGGUGCGUGCUUUAA